UUUUCAUCCUGAAAACAGAAAUAAUGUUCUGCUGGUAAAUGAUUGGAGGUGUGUGAUGCACCACCACCUGUUACGUGCAGCGGUGCAGACAAAGGUGUGAUAUCCGUGCAGAAACUUCUGACCACAAAGUUUCUGUUGUGGGAGGCGUGUUAUAAAAAGAGACGUGUGGAGUGGGGGGGUCACUGCAAGCCUGCAGCGUCUGUCCCACCAUGAUCUGCUGCAUCCUUUACGUCUUUCUGCAAAUCUCCCUCACAGGGGCUGCUGAGAGCGGCAUAGUCGGUGGCAGGGAGGCAAAGCCCCACUCCAGACCGUACAUGGUGUCAGUCCAGUAUCGGGGAGUACAUUCAUGUGGAGGGAUCCUUAUUCAGAGGGACUUUGUUCUGACUGCAGCUCACUGCAAACAUGAGACCUCAGGUUCUUGCACCGUGGUGCUCGGAGCACACGACAUCACCAGGGAAGAGAGAACUCAGCAACGCAUCGAAGUGGACGAGUAUUUCGCUCAUCCAGGGUUCACUGGACAAUACGAAUAUGACAUCAUGUUACUGAAGUUGAAAAAGAAAGCCAAACUCAGUAAGAACGUGAAGACCAUCGGCCUGCCUGAAGGAAAAACAUCAGCUAACAUGAAAUGUGCUGUGGCAGGCUGGGGAUGGACUACAGCUCAUGACUGUCCCUCAAAUGUGUUAAAGGAAGCCACAGAGAACAUAGAGGCCACGUCUAACUGUGAAAACAUUUGGCAACAAUAUUUUAAUUCUGAUCACAUGAUUUGCACCAACUUUACCAAAAAGAGUGGAGGCAUCUGCCGGGGAGACUCUGGUGGACCACUCAUCUGCAAGAAUAAGCUUCAAGGUGUAACAGCUUACACCUCACCAGAGGACUGCACUGAUCUCAGCUACCCCCACGUGUUCACCAAAGUCCGUUUCUUCAUCCCCUGGAUCAAGGAAACAAUGAAAAAAUAACGGAUUUUUUUCAGGCAUUAAAGUUUCAACAUGGUUAAUGUGAAACGUCUGUAUGUUUGAAUAAAAAAGAAGAAGUGUCCUGAAUGACCGAGAGAAGUGAAACUGAACCAAUGUUGUGUUGGUAAAACAAACCAAUCUUUUCAGUGCUUUAACUGUAGUUUUGUCACAGCUGAACUGAGGUGAACUAAACUCGGUUCUCUUGUUAACGACUAAAUAAUAAAGCUUGAAACAUUUUUGGCCUCUCAGAAUCUCUUUUUUAAAUUGUUUUUUAAAAUAAAAUAAGUUCAACAUUUCAGA